AAACAAUAAAAUAUCUACAUCAUAUCCUAUGUUGUGAGGUAUAUAAUAGUUUUUAGUGCCGUCAGUGAUUUUCUGGUUAAAGUAUAAAGGUUCAAAUAAAAGUCCCAGAAUUUACCACACAGGAAUGGAGAAAGGUGCGAAAGUUUGGUUUGGCAUUGCCGCCUUCUUGGUUUUCGCAGUUGGUUGCUGUUGGGUGGAUGGUAACCCCAUUUUCGGUGUUUGCAUCAGGAAUUGCGCCCAGUGCAAGAAGAUGUUUGGGCCUUAUUUCGAGGGACAGCUAUGCGCCGACACCUGUGUCAAGUACAAGGCGAAAAUAAUUCCGGACUGUGAGGACAUAGCCUCGAUAGCACCGUUUCUGAAUAGAUUCGAUUAGACUUAGACGAAAACGAAAACACAUUCAGGAAGACGAUUGAUAAUCUAGUCAGGUUUCGGAAAGUUCCUCGCAUUCCUUUGCUAUUUAUAAUUUUGUCGAAGAGAUGCCCAAAUAAUGAUUGUAAUAUUUAUUAGGCGAUAAAAAAC